AAGCUACCGCAGCUGCACACACACAUACACACACACACAUCAAAGGCUCUCCUUCUCCUCCUCGCUGCAGCUCUCGCAGACAGCGGAUCAGCUGGAUGGUAUAACCCUCUCUCCUUUUUUUUGUAUUUUUGUUUCUUCCCCUUUUUUUACGCACACAGAGCGGGACAUUAAACGGACAUUUCUGCAAACCACGUCGAAGAUGAAGCACUGAGGAGAGAACUGCACAGGCUCCCCCCGGUUGUGUUCAUCCUGAGGCUGCAGUGAACGGAGGAGGGGGGGAUUGCGGUAUAAGAAGGUUAAUAAUCGGCAUCAAUAAAGGUCGUCUCUUUUAGCCGGGAACCCACUCGAAAGGGUGAAUCUCGCCCCUGUGCGGGGGGAUCGGCGGAGCAACGUGAGUCUGUAAAAAAAAUUAUGGCCACCCUACUGCGGAAGAUCGGUCUGAUCCGUCUGCACGACCGAGACACCGAGGACCCAAAGCACCACCAGGGCUCGUUAAAGGGGAGCAAAGGAAACCAGAAAAACAACACCAGCAAACACUGUCAGACCGCCAACGAGACCAACAUCUUGAGCACUCCGGAGAUUAAAGCGAGGAAGCUGGACCAGCACGGCAAGGACAAGCCGUCCGGCAAGGAUAAGCAGUGCAAGGAUGCGAAGGAGAAGCAGCAGACGGGAGGAGGUGGUGGUAGCGGUGGAGGAGGAGGAGGCGUAGGAGGAGGCGGCAGUAAAGCUACCAGUGCCUCCUCGAUACCACCGCUGCCGCCUCACCGGCAACACUGCACCCAGGUCCGGACGCGACGGCUGAUGAAGGAGCUGCAGGAGAUCAGGAGGUUAGGAGACAACUUCAUCACGGUGGAGCUGGUGGAGGACAACCUGUACGACUGGAACGUCAAGCUGCACCAGGUGGACAAGGACUCGGCGCUGUGGCAGGACAUGAAGGAGACCAGCACCGAGUUCAUACUGCUCAACGUCACCUUUCCUGAUAAUUUCCCCUUCUCCCCGCCGUUCAUGCGGGUCCUGACGCCCCGGUUGGAGAACGGCUACGUGCUGGACGGCGGGGCCAUAUGCAUGGAGCUGUUGACCCCCCGCGGAUGGUCCAGUGCCUAUACGGUGGAGGCCGUCAUGAGACAGUUUGCUGCCAGCCUCGUAAAAGGACAGGGCCGUAUAUGUAGGAAAGCCGGAAAAUCUAAGAAAGCUUUCAGCCGCAAGGAAGCCGAGGCUACCUUCAAAUCCCUGGUGAAGACCCACGAGAAGUACGGCUGGGUGUCUCCGCCCGUCUCUGACGGCUGAAUGCUCCGGCACCAUCCCUCCGACCCCCGCGCUAGCCGGACAAACCCAGCUAGCCCCGACACGCAAAACGACACACCACGCUAACUCAACAAUCUCUCAUUUUCACCUUUUGCUGUUUCACUCAAGAUUUUAUUUUAUUUUUCUGGUUUUAUGUGUUAUUUAAUUAUUUUUGUUAUUUUGGAUUUUGGUCACCAUCUCCAGAAGAGCUGACAUCCAGUCAUCACUGUCACUCCACCUAGAAAACAACUUUUGCUUCACCUCCCUCUCACCCAGGGAUUCUUUCCCCGGUUUAGGAAAGACCUGAGAGGGCAGUGUUUGCU